AUGCACCCGUCGGCACCCCGCGUCCCGUUGGCCGCGCUCCCGACCCCGAACAGGCAAGACCUCAUUGCCGAGCACGGUCUGCACGUUGAGGCCACCAAGACGCAUCUUUACGCGCUCCAGCUCUGGCUUGCCGCGGCCAAGCGCGAGCACGCGUGGUCGAGAGCGGGCGCAGAGAAGGUUGACGCUGCCCAACGCGCAUAUGACGAGGCGCUCGACGAGCAGACGCAAUACCAGAUGGCCCAACAGUUUGACUUCCACGCAAAUGUCAACGAGAGUGGCUCGUCCCACUUCUUUCAGCGCCCGCAGAGUGCGAAAGGCGUCAUCAACUCGGUCUUGGUCAACGGUGUCGCUGUGACGGACGACGCUACUAUCCGCUCGCAGUUUACGGCCCAUCGGUGCUCCAUCAUGACGACGCCGCGCGACGGCCACCUAUGA